AUGACAAUUAGUAAUCAAUCUUUUAAUACAUCUACUUUUAGUUCUGAAGAAUUUUGUGAAGAAACAAUUCCUUUGUCACUUAUUAUAGGCUAGGCAGGCAACGGGAAAACAUAAAUAAUGAGGAAGAUUUUUGAUGAAGAUGUAAGAAUUCAACUUUUUAAACCUAUAUUAUAAGAAUAAUUGAGAUAUUAUUUUGUUGAUACUUCAUCGUUUGAUUUUGAUUCAGAUUAUGAUUCAAGAGAAGAACAGAUUGAAAAUUAUAAGAAUUUGCUUAGAGAAUAUCCAAAUAGAGUUAGAUCAAUUUUGAUAGUAGUGAACUUUGAGAGAACAGAUUUAAUGAAAAAAAAAGUCAUAAAUAUUAAUAAAUACUUUUCAAAAUUUAAAAACUUGUUUACUCUCGUAAUAACUAAGUUUAAUUUGAGUGAAGAUAUUUAAAGAGAUAAGGAACAACUAAAGCAAAGUUUUAAAUUUUUGUAAGCCUAAAACAUUAUAUUUGUUGGUGAUGAUACAAAAAAAUAAAAAUUAUUGAAAGAUUUAAGAGCAAAGAGUUUACCGCGUUUAGAGGAUGGUUACGAAUUUAAUUCAGUUGACACGUUAUUUGAAGAGGAAGAUGAAGAAGAAUUAAAAAAAUUAUAGAAUGACUUACUAAAGAAAUUUAAUUGA